AUGCUUCUUAAGUCGUCAGACCAGUCACUACCACCUACAUCUUUCUAUCUAGGCUUAAUUUUUCACGAUAUGAAGGAUAUGUAUGGCGCAGGGAUAGGGGACGAGAACGACGGGGUGGAGGAAUGCCAGUCAAAACGUCGCCUCCGUGCGAUGGUGUCACCAAACCCGUACUCCAGCUUUAAUAUCCUGGAAUUGAAGGCCUAGUAGACCAAGACACCGAUUUAUGUCAUCCUUUCAGCAGGUUUUGUAACAGAAUAAAAGAUGUAUCAAGACAAGUAGGUAGUUUGGAAGGCGGAUAUGGACCCAAAUCUAGGUGCAUGUCUUACCAUGGUGCAAUUUAGUCGUUGAAAUGGCUGUCUGUAAAGGGGUUGGUCUGAUGUAUGCUCGUGCUGAUUUUUGGUUGAUGGAUACUUGGGAAAUUUGAGAAAGACUAUAUAAAGAAGCCAUAAGCCCACAAAUGUUAUCAUGAUCAUAUAAAUCAUUAAAAAGAGCUUAGAGAUCAUAUUUUUAUCCCGUUGUUAUUUUCUAAGUAGUUUUGAUGUAAGUUACGCUCAACCAUUUUUCUUUUUUUGGCAUUUUGUUUCAAGCAUUGUUAUAAAGUCAAUGAGGUGAAUGUAAUGCAUACUUGGUUAACCAGAGAAAGUUAUAUUCG